AUGGGGUUCAAAUUACUUUCAGCGUUUGUGGCUUUACUCUUUAUCUCGAACCGUUCUCCCGAGGUUCAGGCUGCUAUAGCAGCAGCUGAUCGAGCAGAUCUAGGUCCUUUGUCUCCUGGUGCCCGCGCGGUGGGCCACAUGAGACCUCCAGAGUCACCGAGGCCAUUACGCAUGUUUAGCGACAAGCUGGUAGUGCACGAUGUAAGCGAUGACCAAAUUAAGCAAAUUCGCGACGCUGGCUUCAAGCAACUACAUUCCAUACCUCCUCCCGAGAAUUUUGACGGUCUUGCCCUUCCCGUCAUACGAGGGAAUGGAGUCUACUAUCAAAGACACCCAGAUAUGCAGGAGCUGUGGAACGAUUUCCAAACGCUGCAGGCGGACAAGAAGGAGCCUUUGGAAGAUUACUUCGCCAAAGAUCUAGAGUGGGAUGGAGAUUAUCCAAAAAAUGAGGAACCCAAGAUGACCGACGAGAAAUAUGUGAACAACAAAAAAUGGGUUCAAUUCAAGGAAGCAAAAUACCCCAUUGAACUUCCCCCGGGUACCAAGCAUGUGCACUGCUUUAUUCGAGGGCCAGUGAUCACUCCGACGUGCUUCGAUCUGUUAAGGGCAGAUGAACCCAAACCGGCUGAGUUUGAUAUCUGGCAGAAAAAUCUUCCAGCUUACAUCAAGUUCAUCAAUGCUCAUGAUUAUUUUGGAACCACCGUUGAGCUCACAGAGAGCGCCAGGUCCAAAAAUUUCGCAGCAGAUCUCAGGGAAGUCAAUGGCUCUCUUGAUUUGCAACAGGACCUAACUAUCAACGAUGAAGAGGUUCAGGCAGCAAAUGAAUAUAGGAAGGCAAUCCAAGUGUAUCUAGAGAAAAUGCAGACCUACCCGAAUGCGGCUAAGAAGGCAUUGGCGGCUGCUAAGGCAAUUAAGCGACCGCACUUAGAGCGUGCGAAACGGGCUAUGCAGUGGGCUACAAGACACAUCAACCGGCUGGCUGAAGCCAAGUUCCCCGACCAAAAAGUGAACUGGUUCACGGCCAGUCCAGACAUUAGAUCUUACCAUCUGGCUGUAGUCCACAUGCUGGUCGAGGAGAAUGCGGAGGGUGUUGAAGCCGGUCUCCAUGCGUUCGACGACGCCGACGCCGGUGAGCAUGCAAUCUUGGCGGUCCCUUAA